UUGUUAUGACAAAAAAGGGACGGAAUGUUGUACAAAGUGUCGGUUUACUGGUUUUAUUUGGAAUUUAUCAAUGUAAUGCUCAAUACGUAGUUGAUGUGAUGAGAAUGACUUCAUUUGGAGAAGAAGAAUUAGUGCAUAAAUGUUUGGCGAAAGGUGGAAAUUUUGGAAUGGAUGUUUCGGAUUUUAUCAUUUCUGAGGAGAAUCUGGGUUGCGGAGUUGGUGUGGAGCCGGUUGAUGCAUGUGGGCCAGUUAGGAUUGCUCAAAACCACACAACACGUUGCCACAAUCUUUUCGCAUUCGUCUCCCGUAGCAAUAUUAGCCAUCCUUGCAAGUUCUCACAUCAAGCUUUUAUGGUUCAAAAUUCGACAUAUCCAUUCCGCCUAGUGAUCUUCUACAAUUAUCCGGGACAAGAACCAAUUUCAAUGGAAGGCACCGAACUUCGGGAUAAAGUUAACAUACCGGUUCUUAUGAUCUCUCACGCGUGUAAAGAAGAGAUUGCCAAAAAGUUUUCGGAUACAGCGGGAUACCGUCUCCGUGUUCGCAUCGAUCCUGGCUAUUACGAGUUGUUCCGUUAUUUGAUUCCAUUCCUUGUGGUGAUUGUGUUCUGCUUCGCCCUUUUCCUCAUUACACUGUGCGUACGUGGAUGCGUGGAAAGAAGGAAGCUGAACAAAAGACGUCUUUCAAAACGAAACCUCAAAAAAAUACCGGUAAAGAAGUACCGAUUAGGAGAUGAUCCAGACACGUGUGCAAUCUGCUUGGAAAGCUUUGCAUCUGGUGAAAAACUUCGACAUUUGCCAUGCAGACAUGUUUUCCACUGCAACUGCAUUGAUGUGUGGCUGACACAAACGCGCAAGAUCUGUCCUCUGUGCAAGAGGAAAAUUGGCACGGAUUCGGACAGCGAAUGCUCCACCAAUGAUCUUGCCAGCACUUCUCAAGGCCCCAAUGAUGCGACAGCGUUGUAUAAUAAUGCGGAUAAUCAAUCGGGAUUUGAGCUGCCUGUUCCACAGGGACAAAUGGUCGAUCUUUGGAGCUCACAGGAGGCUCUAGUCGAUCAGGAUAUUGUGCUUCACAAUACCACUCGACGAUCAAUCACCGGAUUUGUUCGCAACGCAUUCCGCAAAUUGAGAAACUCGCCGAGACACAGAGAUGUGGAUGUUCAUUCUGGACUUGAGGGUGGCUCAUAUCUUGUGAGGCAACAAACGACAUCGAAUGACAAUGAUCAUUUGUUGGAAAAUGAAGUAUCUGACCCAACAUCUAGUUCUGAAUUAAACAUUCCAUCUUCCGAGGAGCUCACAGUUCCAACAUCCAUUUCAACUCAUUCUCUGGACACUGCUACAACAACGACACCUUCCAGCCCGUCACAUUCUUGUCAAUAACUGCUUUUCCAUUCUUGCAUACUUGUCCCAUACUUGUCUUUUCCUUUCAAAGUCAACCCACAAUUCACUCUCAAAUCUCUUGUUUCCCCCCUCCUGUACACUCCGGUUCUAUUGAUAGACGUGAUAUAGUUUUUUAUUUUGUCUGUAUUUUUUUCUUAUUCAUCGGAAUUGUAGCGAUGCUUAUUUUUUUGUGUAUGUUGCUAUUCACGUCUAUCAUGUCUGUAAAUCAAACGCAUCAGUCUUGCAACCUAGUCACCUCUCAAAAUUGCAUCUUUCAUGGCCAGUGGUUUAUGUCAAAUAAAAUCUUGUGAAUUGAA